AUGUUCAACUCCACCGGGGUCGCUUCUCCCUCCCCGCAGUGUACUACCGCUGCCGGUGACACCGAUGGAAGGCUGAUCGUUCUGGUGAUCGGGGAACUUGCAACGUACUUGUGCCGCUCUGGCGAGACCCGCCCUUUCCUCGAGGACGGCCCCAUUUCCGAGGAAGUGCUGGGGUGUACUCUCGCACUCUCCUUAUCUUUAUCAGAAAGUGCUGCUUCACCCAAGCAGAAAAAGGUACUGCAGCUUGUUUCAAGGCUUCGCGAGCACGUGUUGGACCGAAACAUCCUUCUUGUUAUCCCGGCACAUGCUUCCUCCGAACACCGGGAAAGAACUGUGAUGUUUCUCUUUGCGAGGCUAGGGGUGAGAACAAUCAUAGUGCUGUCAGACCUUGUGGCCGACGCGUUUGGGGCGGGACUGCGGGACUCAAUUGUCCUUCAUGCGUCUCUAAGAGCGCUUUCCAUUGGUCGUGUAGACUCUGGCGUUACGGUGAAGUAUGCGGUCUCCGCUUCCGGUUCAUUACUUCGUCUUAUGGAACCCUCCGCAGCAAGGAAUGGGGAGUGCUGCGAUGAACAAAAGGAUGUAGGAAGGAAUGCUGGGAACUUCGAGGAUGCAAGAGAAGAAGAGAUGCCGGAGGAAGGCACAGUUAACGGAGAAGCGAGGAGUGGGAGUGACGCAUCGUCUCUCCUUCUGCGUCUGCCGUUAAGUGGCUCUUUCUCUCCGGCGGCGGCAGUCGUGGAUUUAUUGCACGAGCAAUACAGCGGGGCGCUCAUCUCCUACUUUGGGGAGGAGGUGUAUCAACGCGUGGUGUCAUCGCAGGAACCUCGAGGCGCGGGGAGGAAGCGCAGACGUGACGAGGCUAACGAGGGCGUGGGGUCAGCUGUCGCAAGAAAGAACGACCGCCUUCAGGGCAAACCAGGCGUCUUGAAGCGCCUUAUUGCCACCAUCGCGGGUGACGCGUCGUUGCCUGUGAUUGUGGCAGGGGAGGCGCUACGUCUUGCUCCAUUACUCCGCAACUUUCUUGAAGAGACUGUGCGUGCAUGCAGCGUCAAAUCUGCAGCAGCAGGGGCCUCAUCGUCGUCGUCUGCUUCUUCCUCUUCAUCCUUUACGAGUGACAGGAGUGAUGCUUCUAAAUCUUCCUCUUCGGAGGCCGCUGGUUUUCUUCAGCUUCAACCGUUUCCGCUGCAGGAGUCGCCAUGGAUGCUAUCUAUGUUGGGUGGUUCCUUGGUCUCGCAGUUGUCGUUGGGAGAACUGAGUAAACUGCGCAUCUCACGAGAUGAUGCGCUUUCUUCUAAAGGCGGCAUCAUUCACUGGCGUUCGGUGCUGUGA